AUGUGUGCCGUGUGUCGGUGCUGCGGCACCCUCGGGCCGACCACUGCGGCCGCGCUCUGCCGCGGCUGCGCUGUGCCGUCGGGCGCUGCUUGUGUGCCGGGUAACUGCGUGCUGGUGGUGUACGGGUGUUCCCUGUGGCCGUGGUUCGGAGCAGAGACCGUAGAGGCGAAGGCCAGGCCAGUCCGGCAGGCCAGGCAAAAGGACGAAAGCCCGCAGUGCGGUGUGAGACCCGGGGCGUGCGGUCCGGGCGGCCGGCGGGCCGGGCGGCUGGUCGACCCGGCAGGGCCCCCGCCACCGCGCCGGCCCGGCGGCAGAGGCCGGGCCGGCCGGCUGGUCGACCCGCCCCGCCGGGGAAGAAGGGGAGAGCGCAAGGGCCACGCCGACGCCCGCGUGCCGUCCUCCCUCUCCCCGCCGGCCGGGACGGGACAGAGGGACGGGACACGCGCGCGGACGCGCGCGUCGGCGGCGACUGGCUCGCGCCGCCGGCCCCCGGCCCCCCCGCGGGCGAGGACCCGCGGCGGGGAAGCGGAGGAAGGGGCGCGGCACCCCGAGGCCGGGAGGCGCCGCCAGGGGCGGCCCCCCUCCUCUCCUCCCACGUCGGCCCCCGCCCGCUCCGCGGAGGACGGCGGUCCCCCACCCCCGACCGGGGCCCGGGGCCCGUGGCCGAGGACACGCCGCCGCCCGCCCGCGGAGAGGCGGAGCCCCCGCGGAGGGAAGAGAGCGAGAGAGAGCGAGCGACCCCGGCCCGGCCGGAGCGACAAACCCUUGUGUCGAGGGCUGACUUUCAAUAGAUCGCAGCGAGGGAGCUGCUCUGCUACGUACGAAACCCCGACCCAGAAGCAGGUCGUCUACGAAUGGUUUAGCACCAGGUGCCCCACGAACGUGCGGUGCGUGACGGGCGAGGGGGCGGCCGCCUUUCCGGCCGCGCCCCGGGUCCCGGGACGGAGGGCUCUCCGCACCGGACCCCGGUCCCGACGCGCGGCGGGGGCGCGCCGCGCCGCGGCCCCCGCGGGGGGGAACGCGGGCGACGGCCCGCCGGCGGGGACGGCGGGGGACCGGCUAUCCGAGGCCGACCGAGGCUCCCGCGGCGCUGCCGUGUACCGCCCCAGUCAAACUCCCCACCUGGCACUGUCCCCGGAGCGGGUCGCGCCCGGCCGGCGCGCGGCCGGGCGCUUGGCGCCAGAAGCGAGAGCCCCUCGGGGCUCGCCCCCCCGCCUCACCGGUUCUAAGUCGGCUGCUAGGCGCCGGCCGAGGCGAGGCGCCGCGCGGAACCGCGGCCCCGGGGGCGCACCCGGCGGGGGGGACCGACGCGCCCGCCGCCGCGGGCCGCGAGGGGCGGCGGGGGGGGGUGGGGCGGGGGAGGGAGGGACGCGCCGCGCGCCCGCCGACGGCGGGGCGGCGCGGGCGGGGGGAGGGCCCCCGGCGCCCGCGCGCGCCGCCGCCGCCGACGGCCGGCGGACGCGCCCGGCCCCCGGCCCCGGCCCGCCCCCCGGGCCCCGCGCGCGCGGCCGGGGGGCGCGCCGGCGCCCGCCGGGCUCCCCGGGGGCGGCCGCGACGCCCGCCGCAGCUGGGGCGAUCCACGGGAAGGGCCCGGCUCGCGUCCAGAGUCGCCGCCGCCGCCGGCCCCCCGGGUGCCCGGGCCCCCGCGGGGUGGACCGCCCCCGCCGCCGGGGCCCCGGCGGGGCUCCCGGCCCCGGCGCCCCCGCCGCGUCCCGCCGCGCCCCCCCCCACCACGCCCGCCCCGCGCCCCCCGCGGAGGAGGGGAGGCUGUUCACCUUGGAGACCUGCUGCGGAUAUGGGUACGGCCCGGCGCGAGAUUUACACCCUCUCCCCCGGAUUUUCAAGGGCCGGCGAGAGCUCACCGGACGCCGCCGGAACCGCGACGCUUUCCAAGGCGCGGGCCCCUCUCUCGGGGCGAACCCAUUCCAGGGCGCCCUGCCCUUCACAAAGAAAAGAGAACUCUCCCCGGGGCUCCCGCCGGCUUCUCCGGGAUCGGUCGCGUUACCGCACUGGACGCCUCGCGGCGCCCGUCUCCGCCACUCCGGAUUCGGGGAUCUGAACCCGACUCCCUUUCGAUCGGCCGAGGGCAACGGAGGCCAUCGCCCGUCCCUUCGGAACGGCGCUCGCCCAUCUCUCAGGACCGACUGA